AUGCCAUGCAUUCAGGAUUUCGAUUCGAUCUCGGAAAAGAAGAAGUCCACCUUGAAGCUCAAAUGCCUCAAGUCAGUGGUUCUCAGCGAAGGUGUUACGUGUGCCAACAGCAGGCCUGUGGGAGCAUCGGUUCCUCCGACCUCGUUCGUUCAAGACUUUUCCGACGAAGACGACUUGACAGACUGCCUGAUAUGCCUUGAACCCUUCGAUGAGGAGCAGUUCGUCACGAUCCUCCCGUGCAGGCACAUGUUCCAUCACAGCUGCAUCUCAACGUGGCUGUCGUCGCGGUUGUAUCAGAACAAGGCUGGCAAGUGCCCCCACUGCAACCUUGAGAUAGUGGCUCCCAAGGUGGAGAAAGACCCGCUUCCACACCUUGCCGACGAGCUGCGAGAGGCUCAGGCUCGGAACACGCUAGAAGCUCUGCGAGGGAUCGUGAGGAGUGAAAGCCAGACAGCGAGAGGCCUCUGCGUGAUUGCUGCAUUCGUCACAAUCGUUUUUGUCGCCAUUAACGUCAUUCUUGUCGUCCUCCAUGUCUAA